UCAAAAGGCCGCAGCGUGCACGCCAUUCGUCGUCACUUUGGCGAAGGGCGACAGCACGCUCGUAAUCAACCACCGCUACCGACAUGUCCCCAGUCAAUAAUGCAGCAGAUGAGCUCAAGCGAGGUACCGCUCCAGGACUGAAGGGUUUGGAGACCAUCGCUCCUCUGGUCCGCUCUGUGGAGGAGACCCCGGAUCCGAUCCCCGCUGAGCUCCGAGGGACUAUUCCCCCUUGGAUCAAUGGCAGCCUGCUCCGAAACGGCCCAGCAAAGUUUCAGUUCGGACACACUGGCUACAACCACUGGUUUGACGGGAUGGCUCUGCUGCACAAGUUUAAGAUGGAGAAAGGCCAGGUGACGUACACGAGCCGCUUCCUGCGCAGCGACGCGUACAACAAGAAUAGCGAGCGGGACCGCAUCGUGGUCUCAGAAUUCGGUACCCUCGCAAUGCCCGACCCCUGUAAGAACAUCUUUCAGCGAUUCUUCUCCCGCUUUGAGACCAUAAAGCCCACAGACAACGGCAACGUCAACUUUACGAAAUACAAGGGAGACUACUACGUCAGCACAGAGAGCGACUUGAUGCACAAAGUAAACCCAGACAACCUAGAAACCGUGGAACAGGUCGACUGGAGCAAGUUCGUCGCUGUUAACGGAGCCACCGCCCACCCUCACUACGACCCCGAUGGUACCUGCUUCAAUAUGGGCAACUCCUAUGGAAGUAAAGGAAGCGCGUACAACAUCAUUUGUGUACCUCCUGAGAAGUCAAAUGCUGAAGACACCCUGCAAGGAGCCAAAAUUCUCUGUUCCAUUGCGCCUGCAAACCGGUACCAGCCCUCCUACUACCACAGCUUCGCCAUGUCGGAGAACUACGUGGUGUUCAUUGAGCAGCCAAGUAAAAUAGACCUGAUGAAGAUAGCCACGUGUAAGAUGAGGGGCAAGCCGUUCCGGGAUGCCAUCUACUGGGACCCCGAGCUUGAAACCAUCCUGCAUCUUAUCAACAAGCGUACAGGAGAGGCCAGCCCAGUGAAGUACUACGCCAAAGCUUGCUUCAACUUCCAUCAGAUCAACGCCUUUGAAGAGGAUGGGUUCUUGAUGCUGGACCUGUGUUGCUUUGACGACGGCCAAGCCCUCGACAUCUACUCCCUUCAGAAUUUACGCAAGUCGGGAGAAGCGCUAGAUGAGGUGUACAACAGCACAAGCAGAGCGUUUCCUCGUCGCUUUGUUUUGCCUCUUCACGUGACCGAUGACACGCCGGCCGACCAAAACCUGAACACUCGUCCUUCCGGCACAGCGACAUGCGUCAAGAACAGCAGCACCAGGGUGUUCUGCCAACACGAGGAUCUCCACGGCGAUGACCUCUACCGGUACGGAGGCCUGGAGUUCCCGCACAUCAACUACGAGCGAUACAACGCGAGGCCUUAUCGUUAUUUCUACGGGUGCGGCUUCAGACACCUGUUCGGAGACUCGCUUCUCAAGAUGGACCUCAACGACAAGACGCUUAAGGUCUGGCACCAGAAGGGUCUCUUCCCGUCGGAGCCGGCGUUUGUGCCCUCACCGGACGCCGUGGAGGAGGACGACGGAGUCAUCCUCUCGGUGGUUCUCUCGCCCUCGCGGGAUAAAGGCACAUUCCUCCUGGUUUUGGAUGCCAAGACGUUUGAAGAGUUGGGAAGAGCCAACGUGCCCGUCAACAUGCCCUAUGGCCUACAUGGUGUCUUCAAUGCAACUGCUUCAGUGAAUUGAAAAUAGCUUUCCUCAUGAUAUAAUGAUAUAAUGAUAUAAUAACAUUCAUCCAAAAACACUCGCGGCACAUAAGUAAGCUGACGUAUCUCUUCUGCGAUGAUGAGACUGGACUGAUUUGCUGCUGUACGCCUUCCUCAACUCGCGUGUGGGCACAGAACCGCCAAAUACGAUGAAAGCCAUCUUCACAUUAAAUGUUUCUAGAAUCGACAUCA